CAUCAACACCAUCAUGUACGACACCUGCCCGCCAUGGGCCCCAUUCUUCGGCUUCGCCGGUGUCGCUAGCGCUAUGAUCUUCACGACCAUCGGCGCAGCGUUCGGCACUGCCAAAGCCGGCAUCGGAAUCGCAGGUGUGGGACAGUUCAAACCCGAGUUGGUCAUGAAGUCGCUCAUCCCUGUUGUUAUGUCCGGUAUUAUCGCGGUGUACGGCCUCGUGGUCGCCGUGUUGAUCUCCGGCGGGAUCUCCCCCACUGAGCCAUAUGGGCUGUACGACGGCUUCAUCCACCUCGGAGCAGGAUUGGCAUGUGGCGUUACAGGUCUCGCGGCUGGCUACGCCAUCGGCAUUGUCGGCGACGCGUGCGUUCGCGCGUACAUCCACGAGUCUCGCGUGUUCGUCUCCAUGGUCCUCAUUCUAAUCUUUGCCGAGGUUCUCGGCCUGUAUGGCCUCAUCGUGGCCCUCAUCCUCAACGCCAAUGUGCCGUCGCCCGCGCUCUGCAUCAAGGCCUAGAACUUCGUAAAUCCGUAGAACAUGCAAUAGCAUCUGAUCUGA